UUCUUGACAAUCGAUUUUGGAAAACUCCCAUGGCAAAAGAGUGGCUUAUCGAUGUUAAAGCUUGCUUUAACAGCCAUUGUCUGGUUGAUGACCGAACAUCUCAGACUGUUUCCAUUUAUAAAGUCCCCAAUUUCCUCGUCCAAUUGAAGCAGAGCGCGUAUGUUCCACAAAUGGUAUCACUUGGCCCGCUUCAUCAUACCAACGCUACACUAGCUGAAAUGCCAUCUAUGCUUUCUCAAAAAGUUCAUGCUACACAUAAAAUGUUUAAAAGGCUGCAAGCUCUUUCAGAAACAAAUGUCGAAUUUGAACGAGAUGUGAUAGCACCUAUUCUUGCUCUUCUUCCCGCUGUAAGAAAAUGCUACCAACAGCAAAUCCAUUUCGAUGAUAUUUCUCUUGCAUGGAUGCUGACUUUGGAUGCUUGCUUUAUUCUUGAAAUUCUUAGGGCCUUAAAUAUUAGCACUAAUUCUGGUCAGAGUUUCUUUCAUAGAAAUAUCAUUGAAUAUACUGCAUAUCCCAUAAUAAGUGAUAUUUUGAUGCUGGAGAAUCAAAUUCCCUUCUUCGUGCUGCUCAAGAUAUUGGAAUUGGAGCUUCAAACAGACGAGGAAAAUGCAUGGCGUGAGCUCUGCGUUUUGUUGGAUGCUGCGCGAAUAACAAGAUUGUUCUACCCGUUUAACGCCACAGAAUCUUGGCUGCAACAGGGAAUUCCCCGUGGGCAGAAGGUUAAACAUCUUCUCGAUUUGUUCCGCAUGUUGGUUAUAUAUUCUUCCUUUCCGGAUAGAAAAACCAUCUGGAAAUUCAACUGUAGCAUGUCUCCUCACAAACAAGAGUAUAUAUUUCCGUCUGCUUCCGAAUUGAGGCGCGCUGGGAUCAAAUUCAGAAAGGUGGAGGGAAAGUUUGAAGAGAUCGGAAUAAAGAAGAACGUAUUUCACCUGCCCAGAAUCAGAAUCUCCGGUAGCAUUGAAACUGUUUUGAGAAAUCUGAUGGCUUUAGAAAUAUGUGAGGCAGAAGACACCUGCGUGAUAUCGAGGUACGUUCUUCUCAUGUGUGAACUAAUUGAUUCUGAAAAAGAUGUUAUUGUGCUAAAGAAGGCAGGAAUUAUCAAGAGCUACAUGGGGAGCGAUAGAGAAGUGGCGGAGCUAUUCAACGGACUGAGUAAAGGCAUUACAAGGAGCUACGGAGAUCCAUUUGCUAAAGUGAGAGAAGAUGCCCAUAAACAUUACCACAGCAAACUUAACGUCAUAGUUGCUGAAUUCGCAAACGACCAUUGUUCAAGUCCAUGGAGAACUGUUUCUCUUAUAGGAGCAUGUUUGCUCUUGCUCUUGACUGCUGUUCAGGCCAUUUUCUCACUGCAUCGCAAAAUUUUGGAAGAUUGAUCUGAUGAUUGUUUAAAUAUCUGGCGUAGUCUUUCUACACAAGGUUACCAUAUUGUUACUCUGUUGUCCAAUGUAUGUCGCUCCCCAGAAUGUUUUCUUUAGGACGAUGUUAAUAAAAUUUAGGAGUUUUUCCGCAGGCAAGCGGGUUUAUAGUUUU